GAGUCGCAGGCACUGGGGGUGUGUGUCAGGGGCGGGGGGAGCUGAGGCACUGGCUCUACUCCAACGCUGACGAAAGCUGCUUAGCCCUCCCCAGUUACCAUAGAGACUGUCAGGAGUAGCAGCAGCCAGCCAGUCAGUGAGUGAGUGGGCGAGCAAGCGAGAGAGAGAGAGAGAGAGAGAGAGAGAGAGAGAGAGAGAGAGAGAGGGAACCAACAGGCAAGCAGGAGAUACAAUCACAGGGGAAGCGCGAGAGGGAAAGAACAGUAGGGAGGGAGAGAGCGAGAGACAGGGAGCGUGCGCAAGAGAAAGAGAGACACAGUGUGGAGGGAGAGAUAAAGACGGAUAAACGGGAAGAGAACAUUCACAACCCACACCAGCAGCAGGAGGAGCAGGAGGAGCAGCAGGCGCAGCAGCAGAGAUGGAGGUGCAGACGGAGAACAGCAAGCCUCCUCCGGUCGAGCCCCAGUCAUCCGGAAAGAUCAACAAAGCUGCCUUCAAGCUGUUCGGCAAGCGGCGCUCCGGCAGCGGCAUGCCCAGCAUCUUCUCCAUGCGGAACAAAGGAGAAUGCGGCAGCAACAAGGCGGCGGGCAAGGCGCUGGAGCUCGUUAGGAGCAAGACCCACGACGGCAUAACGAGCGAUGCCACCUCCACGUCCCCUGUGUCUGACGCCUCCGAGGGGACUCCUGGGAAGCCGGAGUCAGCCAGCAGCGACCAGCUCAACGGUGGGUCAUCCUCUGCGACGCCCCCGACCAGGAGUUCCCUCAGCAAGUCCCUCAGCUUCUUCUCCCUGCUGAGGCGCAACAGCAUGCGGGGAGGGGAUGCUGGGAGUAGUGGGGGCGCGUCAGCAACUGUUGCGGGGCGCAGGAGCCGCGGGCUCAGGGGUUUCUUCGGCAGCUUGCGCUGGCGCCGGAAGGAUCGGCCCAGUCAGGAGGAGGUGGCGGCUGGGGAGGCGCAGGAGGGUCAGGAGGUGAAGGAAGGACACGCCAUCCUGACUGCCUCACGCUCGGACAGCGUGGAGGUGAUCACAGAGAACGUGACUUUGACACUGACCCCUGACCCCCAGCCGCUGGUCACAGAGGAGGGAAGUAGGAGCGCUACUGCCGUUGCCAGUACACCAGUGCAUUCUGGGAACCUGGAGGAGGAAACUCAGGGUACACAAGGGGAGUCCGGGAGAGGCUCUCCCCCGUUGCCAAGCACUAUUUUCGACGAGAGGUCUCCGGACUUCUCACCCCUCAGGGCGUCUCUCGGCAGGGCCAAGCUCGGUAGCCCGGCCCGGUUGGUGUCUGACUCGGCACCGGAUUCCUCCGGCAUGACCCCUCCACAGGACCGCAGCCUGGCUGACCCUCCCUCCGAGCCGUCGGUGGACCGCCUGUGCUCCAUGUUCAACGACGUCACCUCCCUCAAGAGCUUCGACUCGCUCACGGGCUGUGGUGACAUCAUCGCUGACGUUGAGGACGAGCCCGGCAAUGGAAACGGCGGGAGUGCCACGAGCAGCGGCACAGCCAGCAGCGGGACAACCAGCAGCAACGGAGCUGGCGGUGGGGGGCGCAGGGUCUCCGAGAGAGGCUCCCCGGCCAAACCCCCUCUGGCCUCUCAGGCGACCCCCCUCACCUCGACCCCGGUGCCUGUCUCCACCUUCCUCCCGGCCCACCAGCGUGCCCGCACUGCUGCUGCCACUGCCUCAAAGAAACCCUCCAGCCAGCCCUCAGCGCAGGGCAGCGGGGUGGUAGCCUACAUGGGCGGCGGGGAGGAGAUGGCCAGCCCGGAGGGGGUAGAUGAUGCCGACAUGCAGGGGCUCUGGCACAUGCUGCCACAGAAGGGAGAGGACUCGCCUGACCUGCCGCGGUUGGAGCACGGCCACCACCAUGCGCCGCCAUCCCGUGCGGAGAAACGGACGCCGCCGGUGAAGGGGCUGGGGCUGGGGCUGAGCAAGAUCCCUGUGAGUGGGAGCAGUCGGUCGGGCAAACAGCAGCCCACGCGCCCCUCUCCACCCCCAACAGACAUCGACCUCCAGGAUGCUCCCCCCAGCGAUGAGGGGUACUGGGACUCCCCGACGCCCGUGGCAGAGGACGAGGACAGCGGCUUCCUGCAGAGAGAAGUCCGGUUGCCCCGGGAGAGUUGCUCCGGCGAUGCCUUGUACGACCUUUACGACCCGGACAGCCCCGGCGCCGCUGGCUCGGACGAGGACGAGAUGAGCUCGCCGUCCCCCUCCACGGGCGACGUGAACCUCAGCCCGCAGUCACAGGCCCCGUCUUCCUCCUCUUCCUCAUUCCACUCCAUGAGGGGCAGCACCAGCCUCCCCCGCGACUCCAAGAUCCCGGUCAGCGUCCGACAGACACCGCCCCCCCACUCGUCCAGCCAGGGCGAGCUCUCGUCCGCCCCCAGCCCUACGUCCCGCGACCCCCCCGCCAAGUCCAACAUACCGCCCCCCCGCACCCGCAUCCCCAUCUCCAAAGUACCUGUGCGCCGCUCCGGCAACAAGCCCACCAGCGGCAGCGCCACUCGGAACAGGAAAUAGGAGACUUUGGGUGCUGCUCUACGCGGAUGCACUGCCCAGACACCUCAGACAUUACAGAUGCACCACUGAGAGCCUCAGGCCAAAAGCAAAUUCUGUCUUUUUUUGAUACUUGAGAACAACUAACAACUCUCACUUCACUGGCCUUUUAGGCCUCUCGGACGACGGGUGAACGGUUUUGCACCUUUAUCCACGUACUACACACACUUUUGGAAUUGUAUUUCUAUUUUAAGUCCAUCCUGAGUAAUAUGUAACAUACUAUGCUUAAUCUAAUGCAAAUGUUUGUAGUAUGUUGUUUAAUAUGUAACAUAUUACUUUUUACUGAUUUGAAAUGUUUGGUUUUGUCUUUUGUUUUUUUUCCCUGUCACAUACCUACUCUAUUUCCGAGAACCUUUUUCUUCUUAGCACUGGAAAACAAUCCUCUUAAAUGCACUGAAAUGAGCAACAGCCUCGUUUGGAUACAUCCCUCCGGACAAACUCAACCUUAACCAGCAACAACUGGAGUCCCUGGCUUGGCUUCACACACACACACAUGUACGUGAUCCAGGGAAAUACAGCUGCAGAUUCUGUCGCAGUGGGAUUUAAAAUGGAACAAAAAAUACAAGAAACAAGCAGGAAGGAACAGACCUCUCCUGCACCCUCAACCCCCCUCGAAGCCACACUGCAUGAAGUUCUUCAGUAUGCACAGGAUCAGGGAACACAAUCUCAGUUCGAGACACUCUUUCUUAAAUUAACAGCACUCGACAACUUCCUACCAAUACAGUCAAGCAAGCUUCCUUUUUUUACUGAAUGCUUCUUACCGUUUUUUCUUACUGUUUCUAUCGGAUAUGCACUGUCACUGAACUAGUUUUGGAUACAGGAGUUACACAUGUUCUUGCUUUUCUCUUUGGGAACCUUCACCUGUGGAAUGGAUCCAGCAGGAACCAGAGCCAGAACUACCCCCUUACACUUUCUCCUCAACACCAGGAGAUCUCAGAAUGUAGCAUGGCACCUCUAAUUCUGUUCAUGUGUGGAAACGUUUGAAUGUGUGUGUGUGUGUGUGUGCGUGUGUGCGUGUGUGUGCGUGUGUGUGUGUUAGUCAAGCAUCUUUCACCUGUGGCCGUUCAGGGUAAAAACACCCCUCGUCUCACCCCUUGGCUCUGGAGUUUGGGUACAGUCAUGAGGGCUGAGACUACAGUGUGAGAUCUUUCACUGUUAGAAUGCUACCUUACCUGUUCUGUUUACCUAUUGUUGUCUUUACCUGACACUUCUAGUAUUAUUUGUGAUGGGUUUUUUUUCACGAGAGAGGGACUGCAGACAGCCCUGUGUUACUUUCUCUCUUUAUGCUGUGUGAUUCUUGUUUUUACAUUCCUCUUUUCUGUCUCUCUCUCUCUCUGCCCCUGACUAACUGAAUAAAGCAUUGUGAGCGAA